CGUUUUUUUUUCUCUCUUAUCAAAAAACAAAACAAUAUAAUGAUGCGCGGCCUUACUUUGAUUACAAUGGUUCUCUUUGGUAUGAGUCUCUCAAGUGCUACUGUUAUUCCAGCUGAAGCUAUGGAAAAGCGUUCUCCUGCCAUUAUAAAUGCGCCUAACCGAUCAUGUCCUUAUGGGUACCAAAGUGAUGCUUAUGGACGUUGCCGUCCAGUCUACGCCAAGCGUUCUCCUGCCGUUAUAUCUGUACCAGAAUUGCCUUGUCCUCCUGGGGAAAUGAGAGAUCCAAAUGGAGUUUGCCGCGUCGUCUAUCACAAGCGUACUUUUCAAACGGAUGAUGAUUGAUAUAUGAAUUGCAUACUUUAAAUAAAAGCAACAUGGCAUGAAUAAACAUGUGUGUGUGUGUGUCUUGUCCAUUUAACUUGGAUUAAAUUAUCAGGUAAAGAACAUGUAUGCAUUAUCAUUUUAGCCGUUCAAUUGGUAUAACAGGCUUGGCAAGCUCAAAACUAUACAUUGUUGAUGAAAAGCU